AUAAACUGCAGCCCUGCUCGCGUCGCGUCUUUCUCCAUCUUCCUUCGGGAGCUGUUGUCUGAUGCUCCAGAAAUCCUAGAAAUGGCGUCUUCGCUCGUACCGUCUUUUCAGACCAGCAAUCUUAGGCCGGUGUUUUUGGGCGAUAGUAGAGGGAUCCCGGCCUCUAGAACUCCUGUCCAUGUGGGUUUCUCCAGUAAGACCGUAGAGUGCAAGGAAUCGAGGAUAGGAAAGCAACCGAUUGCAGUGCCUUCGAAUGUAACCAUUACAUUAGCCGGGCAGGAUUUGAAAGUGAAGGGUCCUUUAGGAGAGCUCUCGCUGACUUACCCUCGCGAAGUAGAGGUUAAGAAGGAGGAUUCGGGUUUCCUGAGGGUAAGAAAGACCAUUGAAACCAGAAGAGCCAACCAGAUGCAUGGGCUUUUCAGGACACUCACAGACAACAUGGUAGUGGGGGUGUCGAAGGGUUUCGAGAAAAGGCUUCAACUUGUCGGUGUAGGAUAUCGUGCAAUGGUUGAGGGGAAAGAGUUGGUUCUGAAUCUAGGGUUUUCUCACCCUGUGAGAAUGGAAAUACCCAAUGACCUCCAAGUGAAAGUGGAAGAAAACACAAGAAUCAUAGUCAGUGGGUAUGAUAAGAGCAACAUCGGGCAGUUUGCUGCUUCGGUUAGGAAGUGGAGGCCACCGGAACCGUACAAGGGUAAGGGAGUUAAGUAUGCUGACGAGGUUGUCCGGAGGAAAGAAGGAAAAGCCGGGAAGAAGAAGUGAACGUUUGUAUUUAUGUUCAUCUAUGUGUUUGUUGAGAUUUGUUCAUAAACAGAGUUCCUUGUUUUGGAUUUAUGGAAAUUUUCACGGAAUGAAAUGCUGACACAGUCAAGUUCUUGAGA